UCGUGAGCAAAGGGUUAAAUAUUCUGAGCAUGCGCAUUAUGCUGCAUGCGUCCAUAUCCCAUGGACGUCUGGACGCUGGCAUGAGGAACAAUUUUCAUUUGGCUCAGGAUACCUCCCCAAUUUUGCAAAUGACACUUUCAAGAGCAUACGACUUGAGUUCGUGGUGGAGAGUGGUGACUGCCAUGUACAGACUGUCAGUCUCACUCAUUGUGAGGCUUGGCGUGGACUGAGAGAGAAAGCCUGGCACCGACAGCAUAUUGUGAGUUGCAAAUCAGUUGCAGGGAAUAUGAAUCUGUAAAGUAAAGAGAUUUCCUCUGGUAAGACAAAUGCACAUGGC